UUAAAAUGAGCAACGUAGUCAAGCGGGUGGUUUAGAAGAAGAGUGAGGAGACUUGUCUGCCAAAUUUGGCAGAGGCUCUUCCCUUCUUAACCAACUCGCCUCCUCCUUUUCCUGCAAUCUCCUUCUUAACUCUCCUCUCUCUCUCUCUCUCUCUCUCUCUCUCUCUCUCUCUCUCUCUCUCAAAGGUGACCAUGUUGAUGAAGGGAGAAGGUGGGGUCGCCGGCGAGCGGCGAGGUUUCGAAGUGGAGGGAGGAGGCAUGAACAAGCUGGAGGAGGAGGAUGAAGCCAGUGGGGAGAUGGAAAGGAAGAGGAGGAAGAAGGAGGAGGAGGGGCAGAAGGUGCCGUUCCUCAGGCUCUUUUCCUUCGCAGAUUUCUGGGACUACGUGCUGAUGGCCGUAGGUUCGGUCGGCGCGGUUGCCCACGGUGCGUCGGUGCCCGUCUUCUUCAUCUUCUUCGGAAAGCUCAUCAACAUCAUGGGCGUCGCCUUCUUCUACCCUGCCUCUGUUUCUGAUAAAGUCGCUAAGUACUCUUUGGAUUUCGUUUAUCUCAGCAUCGUCGUUCUCUUCUCGUCAUGGACUGAGGUGGCGUGCUGGAUGCACACUGGGGAGAGGCAAGCAUCGAAGAUGAGGUUGGCGUACUUGAGGUCGAUGCUGAACCAGGACAUCGGCCUUUUCGACACCGAGGCUUCUACAGGUCAGGUCAUCGCCGCGAUCACGAGCGACGUGAUCGUGGUGCAGGAUGCCAUCUCCGAGAAGGUAGGGAAUUUCUUGCACUACAUCAGCCGAUUCAUCGCGGGGUUCGCGAUCGGCUUCGCACACGUGUGGCAGCUCAGUCUGGUGACGCUCUCGAUCGUACCGUUGAUCGCGCUGGCCGGCGGCCUCUACGCUUAUGUCGCCACGGGCCUCGUCGCCCGCGUCAGGAAAUCGUACGUCCGAGCCGGGGAAAUCGCCGAGGAGGUGAUCGGCAACAUAAGGACAGUGCACGCAUUCGUCGGCGAAGAGAAAGCGGUUCGAUCAUAUAAGACUGCUCUGGAUGAAACAUACAAGUAUGGGAAGAGAGGAGGGUUGGCCAAAGGGCUUGGGCUCGGCUCUAUGCACUGUGUUCUGUUUCUAUCAUGGGCCCUUCUUGUUUGGUACACCAGCAUUGUUGUGCAUAAACAAAUCGCCAAUGGUGGCGAUGCAUUCACUACGAUGCUUAAUGUUGUUAUCAGUGGCAUGUCACUUGGUCAAGCAGCACCAGAUAUAUCUGCCUUUAUAAGAGCAAGAGCAGCUGCAUAUCCCAUCUUUGAGAUGAUAGAGAGAAAUAGUGCUGGCAAAAAGAGAGAGAAAACUGGUAGAACACUAGAGAAAGUCGUGGGACAUAUACAAUUACGGAACUUGAGCUUCAGUUACCCUUCCCGCCCUGAUGUUGUCAUCUUCAACAAGCUUAAUUUUGACAUUCCUGCUGGAAAGGUCGUUGCCCUUGUCGGGGGCAGUGGAUCCGGCAAGAGCACAAUUAUUUCUCUCAUUGAACGGUUCUAUGAACCAACAUCAGGGAGGAUCUUACUUGAUGGCCAUAACAUUAGACAAUUGGAUUUGAAGUGGCUGAGGCAACAAAUUGGCCUAGUGAAUCAGGAGCCUGCUCUGUUUGCAACCAGCAUUAGGGAGAAUAUUUUGUAUGGUAAGGAUGAUGCAACUGAUGAAGAGAUUGAAAGAGCUGUGAAGCUUUCAGAGGCCAUUUCUUUCAUCAACAACCUACCUGAUCAUUAUGAGACACAGGUUGGGGAAAGAGGAGUUCAAUUGUCUGGUGGGCAGAAACAGAGGAUUGCCAUAGCAAGAGCCAUUCUGAAGAACCCCUCAAUCCUGAUGCUGGAUGAAGCGACAAGCGCACUAGAUGCAGAGUCAGAAAAGAGUGUACAAGAAGCAUUAGACCGAGUCAUGGUUGGAAGAACUACUGUUGUGGUUGCUCAUAGGUUGUCAACCGUAAGGAAUGCGGACAUAAUUGCAGUUGUACAAGAAGGCAAUAUUGUCGAGAGUGGGACUCAUGAGGAGCUGCUAUCAAAUCCUGCAAGUGCUUAUUCUGCACUUGUCAGCCUUCAAGAUGCUGCUAAUCGGCCUCCUGCAGAGAGCCAAAGUAUAACCAGGAAUAGUGCGAAGUUUUCGGUGGACUUAUCACACAGAACCAUGAGCUUUGGAACCAGCUUCCGGUCCGACUUCGAAUCUGUCAGCCCCUAUGGGCAGGAUAAUGUAAUUGACCUUCCUGUGAAGCAGAAACCUGUGUCAAUGCGGCGACUCUUCUCAAUGGCUGCACCAGACUGGGUGUUUGCCAUCUGGGGGAUAAUUGGUGCUAUAAUCUCCGGAGCCCAGUUCCCUCUGUUUGCUCUUGGAGUAUCUCAGGCGCUGGUUGCUUACUACUUUGACUGGGAGACCUGUAAAACAGAGAUAAGGAAGAUAGCUUUGCUCUUCUGCGGUGCUGCCGUCGUAACCAUUGUCUCUCACACUAUUGAGCACCUGAGUUUUGGUAUCAUUGGUGAACGCUUAACACUUCGCGUGAGAGAGAGGAUGUUUGGAGCGAUCAUUCGGAACGAGAUCGGGUGGUUCGACGACACCACCAACACCAGCGCUGUGCUGGCGUCGAGGCUGGAGAUGGAGGCGACAUUGCUGAGAACCAUCGUGGUGGACAGAUCCACAAUCCUGCUGCAGAACGUCUCCCUGAUCGUCACCUCCUUCGCCAUCGCCUUCAUCCUCAAUUGGCGCAUCACACUCGUCGUCAUAGCCACCUACCCACUUAUGGUCAGCGGCCACAUCAGUGAGCGGAUCUUCAUGUCCGGCUUCGGCGGCAACCUGAGCAAGGCCUAUUUGGCGGCCAACAUGGUAGCCGGAGAGGCCGUCGGCAACAUCCGCACCGUUGCCGCCUUCUGCGCGGAGGCCAAGGUCCUUGACCUGUACACCCAGCGCCUGGCGGAGCCGGCCCGCCGCUCUUUCCGCCGCGGUCAGAUCGCCGGUGUCUUCUACGGCGUCUCCCAGUUCUUCAUCUUCACCUCCUACGCACUGGCCCUCUGGUACGGCUCCCGCCUGAUGCGCGACGGCCUCGCGUCCUUCAAAACGGUGAUGAAGACGUUCAUGGUGUUGAUCGUGACGGCGCUGGCCAUGGGAGAAAUGCUCGCUCUCGUUCCGGACCUCCUCAAGGGCAAUCAGAUGGUUGCUUCAGUCUUCGAUAUCCUGGACAGGAGGCCGUCGAUACGGUCGUCGGCGGAGAGCGGCGGAGGGAGGUCGGAGGAGGUGGUGGAAGGGGAAGCGUUAGAGAGAGUGCAGGGAUUGAUCGAGAUGAAGGGGGUGUGGUUCAGUUACCCGUCGCGGCCGGACGCCGUGCUGUUCCAGGGACUCAACCUUAGGCUGCAGGCGGGGAGAAGCAUGGCCAUUGUCGGGCCCAGUGGGUCGGGGAAGAGCUCCAUAAUCGCUCUCAUCCUCCGUUUCUACGAUCCCUCCUCCGGCCGGGUCAUGGUCGACGGGAAGGACAUAAGAAAGCUCAACCUGAAGUCGCUCCGGCAACACAUCGGACUGGUCCAGCAGGAACCGGCUCUGUUCGCAACAUCCAUCUACGAAAACAUCCUCUACGGCAGAGAUGGUGCCACUGAAGCUGAAGUCAUCCAAGCAGCUCGGCUUGCCAAUGCCGACUCCUUCAUAAGUGCUCUGCCGGAAGGGUACGCAACUCGGGUCGGCGAGCGCGGCGUCCAGCUCUCCGGCGGACAGAAGCAGCGGAUUGCCAUCGCCCGGGCCGUCCUCAAGAACCCAUCCAUACUGCUACUAGACGAGGCAACCAGUGCUCUAGAUGCCGAGUCUGAGCGCGUCGUCCAACAGGCGCUGGACCGGCUGAUGAAGAACCGAACCACGGUGAUUGUCGCCCACCGGCUUUCCACCAUCCAGAACGCAGACGUCAUCUCAGUCCUGCAGGACGGAAAGAUCAUUGAGCAAGGAGACCAUUCUAGCCUAGUGGAGAAGGACGGACCUUAUUUCAAGUUGAUCAGCUUACAACAGCAGAAACAGCAUCAACCACAACUCAGGUGA